AUGAUGUGCCCACCAAAAGCCGUCGACCAGGAGACACUCUUUGUGGCAUCGAGAUGCUUUUCAAGCGAUUCAUAUGCUACAGCAGAGCCCGGUUCGGUCUACGAGAAGGAAGAUGAGGAAAUGGAAGAUGAAGAAAGUUCCUUCGAAAAGUCGUGUGAUACUUCUCUCGAUACUCAAUCUCAAUCAACCGGUCUCACUCGCUCAUCUAUUUCCGUCCCAGCGAAUCUCUCAAAAAUCCACGAACAGCAUGAAAUUGUUCAGCUGCAAGAUUCUCAGAAGAGAAAUGCUUAUAAAAGAGUACGUUCUUCUCUUGACGAGAUUUGUGAAAGUAUUUGCCAGGAUUUAUCAAAUAUACAGGUAUUGAAACGACAACGGGUAAAAAUCUCGGAUCUCACGCCGGCUCUCCUAGAGGAAUCGAUCUUUCAGCCACGAGUCGGCGGCGGUUUUACGCAAAUUUGUGUUGAUUUGAAGAAAACACAUCCACGAAUCGCCGCUCUCAAGCAGUGCCCAAUU